UUGUGCAGCUUCACUGCUUUUGAGAAAGCAGCUUAGCAAAUUCCCCACUGGCUCUUGAAGUUGAGGGUAUUUCCUGGUUUGUGAAGGAAAAGGAGGAAUCUGAAGCUGUGGGACUGAAGCAUGGCAGUGACAUGCUUGCAGAUGGUCCCUUGUUGUCACAGAACUGGGGAGCACUUUCAGCUGAGGAGUUUGGCUUUUCUGCAGGGCCUGAGGCUUAGAAAGCCUAUGGGAAGAAGGUAUCGAAGCUUCCCCUUUUCAUCAGAGCCCUGUGUGGGGCUGCAGCUGGUGGAGUGGAAGGAGCAGUGAUUUGGAGGUGACUGGGGUGAGUUGAUGGAGGACAGGGGAGCUGGGGCACAGAGCUGUCUCCUGUGGUCAGGCUUGUGUGAAGCUGGUCCCUCAGCACUGCUGGGGAACCCUUGCAUGAAACAGGUCCCCGAUGCCCUGGACCCACACAAUGACAGUGGUGCUGGGAGCUGACAGUGCCAAGCCAUGACUGCAUUGUGGGUUCUGGCAGAGGGGAGAAAUGUCCUACACACAGUCUGUGGCUGGGUUAGAGGGGGACUGGGCUGGAGCAGGCUGUGCUACCCAGCUUCACACCAGGGCUCAAAUGCCAGCCCAAGUGGGUUGUAGGUGCUGGACUCUGAACGCAGGACUUGUCUGGGUGACUGCACAAAGUAGUCGUGCUAAUCUACGCCAUCCACCAGGCACCAGUCUGUCAGAGAGGGUGUUGCUGGUACCAACAGCUCAACAGCUGUGUUGGUCUUGUCCCAUCCCUGCAUUGGAAGGACCAGUUCAGCUGCAGGUGCAAACCUUCCUCAACUGGUUACUGAGACCUGGAACGUUCCAGCCCUGAGCAGCUGCUUCUGCCUUACCCUGUAGGUCUGCCAGCAUCUCCCAGCAUAGUGAUGGCUCAGGUGAUGGCUGCAGAAAGUUCAUAUUCCCUUGGCUGUGGCAUAGGGAGGUUUUUCCCAUGGAGCAGGGUGGAGAAGAUCUGUUGGAGAGGCAGAGCUUUGUCCUCACUUUCUUGUGGCUGGGUGGGAUGGGCUGCAGCUGAAAACAAGGACCUGCUGGCCUGGCUGGUCCCCCGUAUGACUGCUGGGACAGGGGCACAGUCCUCCAUUGGCUGGCAGCUCUGUACCUCACUAUUUAGGAUCCCACUUACUACACAAGGAUCCAGUGUCCCCUUAGUCCUGUUCUCAUUCAUACCUAGCAACAUAGACUUCUGUGACUUCGAGUGAUGUACUUGGGGGGUUGAGGUGUUUCAGCAGCACCCUUCUGUCGGUGUCCUCUGCCUGUGGCUGGCAGUUGCCUCUUCAUGGCUGCUAUUAGCCCACAUCCUGACAGCAAGGAGAGCACCCAGAGGCCUUUCCCCCAGCUGCUCUAACUCCAUUAUGAAAAGCAGCUGCAAGAAUGCACAGGUUGUCAUAAAUGCUGAAUCUCCAGAACCGAGUGUGUUCAUGUCCCACAGCAGAGCACAAACACUUGGCCAUAUCCUGCAGCACAAGGGUCAGGGCAGGGGCUAAGCCCUCAGUCCCUGCACCCUCCCACACAGCUCCUAUGGCCCACGCCAUGCGGGGUGGUUCCUCUCCUUUCUUCAUUUUCCUAAGAGGGAGCAGAUGCCUCAGCACCCAGGAGUGAGGAAGAAAGGCACUGGGACAUGGCAGGGCUACCUCAGCUGGCAGCCACGCUGCCAACCCAGCACCAGGCUAGGCAGCUCUUCUCUUGACAAUGGUGAAGCACCUCCACCAGCAGCACCAGCACUUCCUCACAACACCUUCUCAGUGACUGGCAGCAUUUGAGGUGCCUGGUGCUUUCCCUUCCUCCUGCCUCACCUUGCCCUUGCUACUUUCUAUCUCUUUGAUCCCUUUCCUGAGCAUCGUGCUUGCCCUGGUCUCAGAUGUGUAGGAGGUGGGAUGUUUCAAGAGCAUCUCUCUGGGCUUAUGGUCCUGCACCCUGGGAAGUGUUGAUGUCCCUUGGUGCAUCACAGGGUUUUGAGAGGGGCAGUCACCCAAGAGGGGUGCAGCCUGUGGCUCUGCAGACAAGAGCUGCUUACCAGAGGCAAUGUUGCUGACCAUUUCCUUUGGGCAUGUGGAGAAGAGACCAGUGACACAAAUGGGGAAGUGGACACUGAUUUGGGCACUUGGGCUGCUGUGCUUAUGCUGUGGGUUUUGGCAUCAACUCACUUGGGCAUGUAUGGGAGAAACAAGUAUAAGUAACAGAGCUGGUUGCUGUGUUGUAUGAAGGUUGCUAGUGCUUUACUUGGGUUCAGAGGCUCCAGUUCACCAGGGAGCAAUGAAGAGGAGAUUCAGGUUGAACAGGAUGAAAAGAUGAGCCUAUGUCUAGUGGCCCCAUCACCAUAGCAGGCUAGCUGAAGGUACACAAGGGAUUGCUCCAGUGCAAGUAAUUAAGUAGUGAAGCUCCAGGCUGGAAAUUAUGCAUUCCCUGGGUCAAAGGCUGGCAAUGAGCACUGCUGCAGGUAGUGUAAUGCCACAAAGCCAGCUCAGGCUGUUGUUCCUGUUUUUAGAAAGACAUGCAUGAGCUAGAAGAGCAGGUGAACAAAACUGUCCUCAGGCAGAGCCCUCCACACCUUCUUCAUUGCCUUCUCUGGCAUGAAAGAAUCAGUCCUGGCCUCCUUUUUGCUGCUGGAGCUGUUUGGACAGGAGAUCAGGAAGGGUGCUUACAGCUCAGGGCAAAACAGCAAGCACGUCCAUACAGCAUCUCUUUUUCAUGCCAGAGCCACAGAUGUUAAAAAAUUUGAGACCUUAAACUAGUUGAGAUCUAAACUUAUUUUACAAGCUGUUUCAUGGUGGUGAUGGCUGCCCCUGCAGCCUUCAGUGACCAUGCUCUACUUAAUUUCACGCUUGAGUUUUUCCCAUCUUCAACUUCUCACAUUUGGCUCCUGCACUUCCUUCUGCCCAUACUGGUACUUGGUUCCAUUUAGCAGUGAGGAGACCGUCUCCUGGGGCAGUGGAAUAGCUUGUGCUUCUCACAUCCUAUGCAGCCUUAUUUGUCACAUUUCCAACCCUUAGUUCCCUUUUUGUGGUGCCAUUGCUGCUCCUUGGGAUUUCUGUGCCUGUUCUGAAGUUUGGAGAGCUGGACCAGACAUCAAGUUGGCUUUGCCAGAGCUUAACUCUGCUUGGAAAUCCCCUCCAUGCCCCUCUGACUCAUGGCCCUCAGAGCCAAGGUACUGUGCUGCAGGCUCAUAGCAACAGUCAUGUGUGGGGACAGCUCCUUUUCAGCUUUUUCCCCUAAUUUCACCUCCCACCCCUGCUUUCAGGGAGAUUCUCCACCCUGUGAUACAGCCUGUCUUUUCCAUUCCCAAGAACCUUCCUUUGCAGCCCAUCACUAUGCUGUGGGCUGCUAGCGUUUUUCCAGACCAUUCAGCUCAUGCUGUAGUAGCAAGCACCCUGUUCAGUGUUUUAUCAGCCCCACACGUAAGCCUUCAUCUUGUCAUCCAGACAACUGAUAUUAAGAUCUCUGAAAUGGUACUGGACCAAGGGUCACUGGGGAUCUAGGUAGGCUUCCUGUUGUUGAUGUCUCCCCAUUAAGCCUUGGCUCAGUGACAGAUCUCAGAAUGUAGCUGGUAAUACGUGUAGUUUUUAAUCUACUUGAGUCUUUUAAUGAAAAUCCUACAGCAUUAUUGAAAGCAGUGGAGAAAGCAAAGUGUUCUCUAUAUAUGCUCCUGCUCUCAGCAGCCAGAACUUUCCGUUUGCCCAGGGAGCAGUUUCCCUGUGUAAGAGCCUCAGGCUGCCCUUAGCUGUGCUUUCAUCUACCUAGUAGCAGUCUGGGGCUCUCUGCCAUUUCUCUGCCCAUUGCUUUGACCCUUUUAGAUUAUGCUGGCCUCCUACCAGCUGACCAUUCAUUAAAAAUUAGCACAUGUAUUUGGAAGAGUCUGUGAUUAAAUCAUCAAAUUGUUUGCAAAUUACUUGGGCCUAAAGCAUGACUGUGGCUGGUUUGGGGAGAUGCAGCCUCUCCUUGUGCCACUGCUUUGCUAAAUUCCCUCCUCUCUAUGACAGCACUAUGACAGAUGAGAUGGAAUCACUCCUGCCAUUCCCAUUUGAGAGGAGGCAGUGGCUGGAUGGUGCCUGCCUGCCUCACCUGACUCUUCCAGCUGUUUUUAUGGUAUGAAAGAGGAUGGGGUAAUGCCCGUCUGGAGAGCUCAAGGUGAACCCAAUGAGGUUCAUGGCCAUCACAGUUCCAACCAUCUCUGAAAUUCAAGUUUAUUCAACAAUCAUCUCAGAAACUCAAGGACAGCACUCCUGGCUUCAGAGAGGCAGCAUGGCCACAGCUGGAGCUGGGGCUCAUUCAGGGUUCCUGCAGCACUGGCAUGAAAAAAUGCACUGUGAUAUCCAGUGAUGGCCCCUGGGCUGAGCAAGAUUCCCUAUUUCACUCCCAGAUCUCAGGUAGGCUUCACUGGGGAGGCUUCUGGGGGGAGGUUAUUUUACCUGGUUUCUUAAGGAGUAGAAUUAAAGAUGGAACCUUCAUCUAGCCUAUUAUUUUUAAGAGCUGUGUUCAUUGUGUGCAGCCUAAUAACUAGUCACUGCACAGAUUCUGCAGUGACCAUUGUCACUCUGAACAGGAUGGGUAAAAUAUCAACAAGCAUUGCAAAAUAUUUCCCAGACAGUCAAACCAGCCUGGAUGCCAGCAGGCACUGCUUGGUUCUGUGCUCUCCUCUCUUUCAUGGCACAGUAACCUACUGGGAUCAGGACAUUUGCUCCUGGACAACUCACCAGGGCUCAGCAAAUCUUCCUAAGGCCUGCUGAGCUCAGCUCCCUAAGCACCCCCCCCCAAAUGUGGCAACCAUGACAUCCAUCAUUCUAGGACAGGGAGCAAGUGAGGGAGGCAUAUGGGAGUGGAGGUGUCCCUAACCACCAAACUCCAUCAGUUCCUGGGUGUGCAGCUGAGAUACAGGUGGUUCUAAUCUGCCAGCAGGGAGUCUGGAAAAGAUUCAAGACAAUCCUUCCUGAGUGCUUAUCCUGAUGCUAUGGUAGAAAGGACUAAUGCAGCCCUUUAAGGCAGGAAAUAGGAAAAGCAGAUUAAAUCCCUGUGUCAAAGCAUUAGGGAGGCUCAUUGUGGGAUUCCAUAUCUUGAAAAGGAUUCAGGAAAAAUCAUAGAGGCUCUAUAGAGCACAAACACAAAAAAUGGCUUGAGGGUGGGAGGAAAAGCCUGGCAGAAAGAGAAUUAAGCAACUCAGUAUAUUUAGCUUUUCAGAAAGACGGAUGAGAGGGGGUUUGCUUGCAGCAUAUGUGUAGUGUCACAAAGAGAAAGUGCCAGGCUCUGAAAGGCUCUUUAAUCAAGCAGAAGGCAGAAUAAAAUGGUAUGUCUGCAAGCUGAAGCCAGACACAGGGAGGUGGGAUGCUCUUCUGAACGUGAGGGUGAGGGACUCCUGAAACAGACCCAGAAAAGUGGGAGUCUUCAACGCUCGUCUUCAAUUCAAGCCUACCUCCUCUCUUGGAAACUAUGAGUGAACCAAACAGUGUGUGUUGGAAUUACUGCAAGGAGAUGAACUGCUGAGCGAGGUGCUGGCCAGGGGCUUGCACUCACACAGCCGCCUGCCGGCGCGACCAUUGGGUCACUUCAUCUGAGGAAGACUCUUGGAAAUCUGGUCCAGUCAGAGUGCUUGGGGAGGUGAUCAGGCAGGCUCCACGGGUUUAUCAGCUCUCAAAGUGGUCAUGUAGAAGAGCAGAUUUAAUGUGAAGAUGGGACUCUUGGUGUUUAUGCGUAACCUGCUGCUAGCCCUCUGCCUCUUUCUGGUACUGGGAUUUCUGUACUAUUCUGCUUGGAAGUUGCACCUUCUCCGAUGGGAGGAUUCAAAUUCAGUGGUUCUUUCCUUUGACUCCGUUGGACAAACAUUAGGCUCAGCUUUCCUUGUUGAACAGGAAGGAGAGAAAGAAAAACUGUGGCUAUUGUGCUUCCGCUGUCCAUCCCAUCUCACCUUGCUGCAGACCCAGGAAAAGACAGAGCCCAGAAAGAACCCACAGAAACCAUGGCAGCUCCAGGCCCAGCCAUUCCCAGUAGAAUAUGACAAACUGGGCUUUCUCCUGAACCUGGACUCAAAAUUGCCUCCAGAACUGGCAUCAAAGUAUGCCAAUUUCUCUGAGGGAGUGUGCAAGCCAGGCUAUGCAUCAGCGCUCAUGACUGUCAUCUUCCCAAAGUUCUCGAAGCCGGCACCAAUGUUCUUGGAUGAUUCCUUCAGGAAAUGGGCACGUAUCAGGGACUUUGUACCCCCCUUUGGAAUUAAAGGACAAGAUAAUCUAAUCAAAGCCAUCCUGUCAGCAACCAAAGAUUAUCGUCUAACUCCAGCUCUUGACAGUCUCAGCUGCCGGCGAUGUAUUAUUGUGGGAAAUGGUGGAGUCCUUGCAAAUAAGUCAUUAGGGUUAAAAAUUGAUGACUAUGAUGUUGUUGUCAGGCUGAACUCGGCUCCGGUGAAGGGCUUUGAAAAAGAUGUGGGUGGCAAGACAACACUCCGGAUCACAUAUCCUGAAGGUGCAAUCCAGAAAAUGGAGCAGUAUGAGAAGGAUUCCCUGUUUGUUCUGGCAGGAUUCAAAUGGCAGGAUUUCAAGUGGCUGAAAUACAUUGUUUACAAGGAGAAAGUGAGUGCCUCUGAUGGCUUUUGGAAGUCAGUGGCAACCCGUGUCCCAAGGGAGCCUCAUGAGAUACGUAUCCUGAAUCCCUACUUCAUCCAGGAGGCAGCUUUCAGCUUCAUCGGACUGCCUUUCAACAACGGCCUGAUGGGCAGAGGGAACAUCCCCACCUUGGGAAGCGUAGCAAUAACCAUGGCGCUGCACAACUGUGAUGAGGUGGCGGUAGCUGGGUUUGGCUAUGACAUGAGUUCACCCAAUGCACCGCUGCACUACUAUGAGAACAUCAAGAUGUCUGCCAUCAAAGAGUCCUGGACGCACAACAUCCAGCGGGAGAAGGAAUUUCUGAGAAAGCUGGUGAAAGCCCGAGUCAUCACUGACCUAACCAGUGGGAUUUGAGUGGCUGCAGCCACUGCAUCCAAGGGAGGAGACAAAGACACGCUGCAGCUCUGGGAGCAGGCACUGGCAGCCCCCUGCAAGAAUCCCACCUCACUGAAGACACACAGAGAUGCCCAGGUGCUCUGGGAAGACCCUCUUGCAUUGCCAGUCUGCAAGAGGGUUAUGUCUCCCACCUACAGGCCUAGAGCUGGCAGGAGGUGGGCAAGGGGCUGAGUGGACAGUUCUUGAACUCUGCAUCACAGACAGAUCUUCUGCAUCCUGAAUUAGCCAGGAAAGACUCAGGAGAGAGAAGAAAGGUUUGUGAAUAAAAUGAUUAGUGCCAAAUGGGAGGUGAUGCUGCCCCAAGGCAGCAAAGCCUGAAUGUACAAAGUAUUAUUUUUUAAAAGACUGCUGGAACCAUACUAGAAAUACCAAGGUACAAGGCAAAGUCUGCUUGUGCACAGCCCUGCGAAAAAACAGGCCUCUUCAUACUCCAUCUGCAUUGUUACUGGCCUCAGACCUUCCCCCAGGAAAACAAAUCCAUCCAAAACUUCGGUGUCAUUGGUGGCAAUUCGAAGGGAAAAUGAUGGCUUCCUCUCACGUGGAGCUUCUGGAUGGAGAUGAGCAUGGGUUUGUUUUUCUGCGUUUUUUUCCUCACUUCCUCCACAGAGGCAGCAACAGCAGCAGCCACUGACUUGGCUGUGUUCUUCAUAGCCAUUUGCCUCUGCCCUGACCCCAAAGUGGAGCAGGGAGCCGGUGGCUUUCUCUGCCUACAGCAGAUCCUCUGCACCUUCCUGCCUGUCACGACGCAGAGGAGCCUGCCCCGUUGUGCUCAAGACUUUCAGGCCUCUUGGUUCGUGCCUGCUGUGCAGGGCCCCCGUGGAGUCCAUGCAGACUGGUGUCACUGUUUCUGGACAGCAUCUCGCUUUGGUUUUGUGUGGGAGGGGAGUAAUUUAUUCUUUGGAAGGAGGUCAUAUCUUGAGCGGAGAUCUCAAGCUUUACAGUUUGAGAGCAGACUGCUGAAGAUGUUUGUUUUACGUUCCAGACUCGAUCAUGUUCCCUAUUUAAGCGAUGUGUGACCUCAGUGAUAAUGGAACCCGAUGGGAACUAUCACCCUCUGCUUGGCCCCUGCUCAUUCCACUUCCAAGCUCCUCCUGUGCUGCUCUAGCACUGCUGCUCCUCCUGCUCUCAGGAGCACAUCCUUCCUUUGCCGUCCCAAGAUGCACUAUUUGCACAUUUGAUUUGUAUACGUAUUUCAGGGGAGCUGGAAUAAACUGAUCAACGUGGCCAAGUGCGAGGGCAGCAGGGUGGUCUCAUCCACCUGAAGAGCGUGGGCAGAAGGGAGAUUGCCAAGGGAAUGAAUGGUUACAUCUGGAACAUGUGAGGGAAUGAAUGGCCCCUGUGCUCUCCUAGCCUGGGGCAGGCUGGAGUGCACCCACAGGCACUGUCCCAGUACCUGGGUGUUAAGGCACUGGCACACAGCCAGCUGGUGCUGGAGUCCAUGGAGGGGGGUCCCAGAGGGAUGUGGGUUGGGCUCAUGGUCCUGGCAUUGUGUCUGACAUUGCAGUCUGCCUAGCUCUGGACUGAAGGGAACAUGACCCUGGCAUGGCAAGGAAUGCUCAGAGCAGGGCUCACAUGGCUCCCCUAGACCAACUCUGCACCCACUGACUUGCAGGGACUGUGACCUUGGACCUGAGACCCUUAAGGGGGUGUGCAGGAGGACCAGGCAGUGACUUGGGUGUGGGGCAGACAAGCAAACUGUACAGAAUGGUUUGAGACCAGGCUGCAGACAGAGGCAGUUCCCAGGACAUGGCACUGAGUGCUGCUUACAGACCGGUGUGGGAUGCGCCCCUCAGGAGCCUCUCCUGCCUGCUAUGCCUGUAGCCAAGGAGCUUGCUCAGGGGCAAGUCCUGCCCAGCUUCUUGUUGUGGCUGCUCUUUCCCUUGUCAUCUGGGAACAGCUCAAAGAUCCUGCUGCUUCUGGGCCGCAGAAGGCAUGCUGGGAGGCUCUCCUUCCCUAUACCCUUCCCAUGUCCCAUCCUCGCUGCUCUGGCCUCCCAACCAGGCAGUCCAUGUUUCCCCAGGGACAUGUCUCCUGUCAGGAUGCUCUGUGAGGUUUCCAGCAGGUUUUUGAGCAUAUGCUGUGGCAGAUACUCCUUUGAAGUAUCUUCCAGUUUGUUUUUUGUUCUUGAGAAGUCCAUGGGACUGGAUGGCUAUGGCUCUCACCAGGCAACACUAACUUUGCAGUUCCUGGGUGUUGGCCUGGACUUGGGAUCAUCUUCUGUUGAGUUCCAGCCAUGCUGGCAGUGGGAAUGCUUGGUCUGGAUCUGGCUGAGAUUGUGGCUGGGGAAGGGUUGACACUCACUUUGUCUUGGUGCUUUAACCAGCUGCCAUGAGAGCCUAGGGCUGUAUCCAUGGGCUGCAGAGAGCUGAGAUGGCAGAGUGGGCAGCUGCAUCCAGAAGGAGGAGGGAAGAGCCUUCAGUGUCUGUGCUGGGCUCCUCUCCACCCACUGGGGGAAGCACCCUCACAGAGGAUUGUGAUGGCAUUAAUUUGAUUACGACUAGUUUUAUUGAACACUACAAAGCUACAGGGCACUUUUAUCUUCAAAUUGACUGGCUCCAGGUCCAAGGACACUACUCAUCCGAGCUUUCCACCAUGGCCAGGAAAAGGUCCUGAUGGGAAGUUGGACCAGGAAGGUGACUCCAAGCCCUUCCCUCCAACUUGACGGGGUCUCAAGCCAGAGGAGUCCAAGUUGAAUAGUUGAGCAUGGCCCAGAGGGACUGUGGUGGGUCAGGACCACCUGCAUGUAGAAGGAAAGAGCCUUUGGGGACCAAGACUCUCAUCUAGCUCACUGACACCACAGAGCAGCCCAUGGCUGGGUGAUGGGGCUCCAGUUCCAGGAGCAGUGCACAGCACUGGGUUUUGCUCCUGUGUGCUGUUCUUUUGGCUGCCUCCCCACAUGCACCUGCAGCCACCUCCCGCCCUUGAACCGCUGCAGUCCUGGCAGCUCGGAGCGGUGCACGCGGGUCAGAGCAGGGUCAGUGGGACGGAUGUGAGCCUUGGCCUCUCCCUUGCAGUGACUCACCUUGUCAGAUCGGAAGGGAGAGCCCAGGGGAAUUCUCCACAGCCUAAAUAUAGAGCGGGGUUGCCUGGUGCCUCUGAUGCGCUGUGGUGCAGAAAGGACACUCAGGUGGCAGGGAACCUGCCUAGAGACAGCCCAGGGAAACACAGGAAGAUUGGGGGCCAUGACCACUGUGGGUUUUGCUCCAGCUAGUGCAGGGAGCAGGUCUGGGGACCUACAGGGCAGCCUGCACGUGCUGCUCUGGAGGACAGGAGCUGCUGCUGCUGCUGUGCUGACCACACCAUGAGCUGCUUGUGCAUUUGUGGUAGUACACUGGCAUUGGGCUCCCACCACCAGCUCACCCUGUUAGGCCUGGCCAUGCUGUGGCCUCAAGCUCACACGUGCCAAAGGUAAGCACCAUGGCCAGGAAACAUGAGGCAGCAGUGGGAUCCAGCCCAACAUUCCUCAUCCCAACAUCUCUGGGCUUCCAGUGUCUCCUUCCUCAGAGGGAGAAGUGGAGAGGCCCUGCCCAGCCACUGUGCUGCCCCUUGGUGUGAGCACUGCUGGGAAUGGGAGAAGGUGUCAGGACAGGACCAUCUGUGUCAAAUGGGCGCAGCUGGGUUGGGUAGGGGCAGAACUGGACACAGGCAAGGGCUUCCAGAGUGUUUGGCAGGGAGGCAACCACCACGCCGAGCUCCACAGGCACCAGCACAGCGUGUGCUCUCAGUCCAAGCGUGUGUCACUUGCAGUAUUAGAGACGUGUCCAAAGUGCAGGAGCCCCUUUGGGGCCACUGCCCAGCCCCUCUGGGCUCUGGCUCCUUGCACAGCCUGCACAGGGUCUCAAAAAGGCCAGUGCAUUUGCCGGUACUAUACCAAGCCAAGAUGCAAGAACUCAAUGAGUUUUUAAAAUUAGUUUUAGUUUCUGCCUUUUUUUUUAAUUUCCCCUCUAGGCAGGGAGGGUAAGAGUCUUGCAGGCUCCUCCAAGCCGGCUUAUGUCACAUCAAUUCAGUCAUAUCACAGAAGCAAUAAAGCUAUCAAACAAG